UUCCCGCUCUGCCAGCUGUGCCGCUCUGCCUGGCUCAGCGCCUAUUUCGAACCCAUGCUAUGGUGGCUACCCAUGCGUGCGCGUUUUGGAAGUUAUGGCAGGAUGCGUUUGCCUCGUCGUGCUGAAGGAUGGCCAGCGGAAAAAAGUUUCACUCCCUAACGGUGCCUACGGCGAACUGAUGGAUGCUCUCGCUUCCUUAACCAACAUACAUGACAAGACCUUGAUCCAAAUGUAUGAUGAAGAGCUAGACGACUAUGUUGAUCUUGAGGAAGGAAGUGACGUCCCAAACAAGGCUAAAAUAAAAUUGGCGCGGAAACAAGGCCUUCAUGUUGAUGGUGCCAGCCCUGCAUUGACUUUUGUGCAGAGUGCAGGAGGAGCUGUGGAAAUGGCCGAGCAGAGGUAUUUGCCGUGA